GAAGUUUUACACAAACUAUGUCUACUCAGACAGAUAUCGCUCUUGUUACUUCCAAGCACGUAUAUGAAGUAUCCAUAUCUGAAAUCAUAACUACAAAAUAAACGACUGCUGGAUCAGUCACUAAAUUUGUCAUGACGCGAAAAUAUGGAAAGAAGCGUCCUGCUGCAAGUGCGGCAGCUGUAGCCAUUUUUGGAUCCACGCCUCAAUCAGUUGCUUCGGUAACUAAAGAUUCCACUACAAUACUCAAAUCGCAAUAUCCACAGAGAGAUCUUACAGAGGUCACGGAUCUUUUGGAAAACACAACGCUUAAAGAAAGUACCGACGAGGUAGCCGUGCUUCUUGAGAAGACGAGUUUAGAAAGCCAUGUCGAUAAUCUUAACAAGCCUCUUGACCUCGAGAACAUUCGUCAAGACUCUUCUUCUAAAGACGCUCCCAGAAUCUUAGACGAGACAAUUCUGGACAGUACUAUCGAAACUAUUACCUGCUUAGAGAAAUCUUUAGCAGCGAUUGAACCUAAAAUCGAAAUCCCAAUUCCUCAGACACCCGUUUCCCUCUCUCCCACGCCACUCCCAAUUAAUCCACGCCUCGCAGCCUCUCUAUUGCCUCUUUUGGCCGCCUACGAGAAAGAUAAUGGCUACCCUCUGGCUACCAAAAACUGGGACGACGUUCUGGCACCAGGCUCGAGUAUUCAGAAAAUUGCCGAAGCAUCAUAUGCAGAAGUAUUUCGCAUAACAAACCCAGUCGGGUCCUCAAUUCUUAAACUUCUACGCCUCAAGGUUCCUACAGAUCCUACAUCAAAGAAGUCGGAUACCGCAAUCAAGGUCGACACUGUCGUAUCUGAGAUGCGUCUUAUGAAUGCACUUACAGAAAUCCCCGGGUUUGUGAAUUUCAAAGACGCCCACAUAGUAGAAGGUAAACCACCAGCAGCGUUUGUAACAGCAUACGAAGGGUACUUGGAUGCUGGUGGAGAAUCAUAUUUUCCACAUCCAAACAAAAUUUCCAAACAUGCGGUUUUCCUAGCUAUCGAACUUGGUGACGCAGGACAUGUUUUGGAGAAAUACCCAAUAAAAAAUGUCGACCAGCUAUGGGACAUAUUCCUCGGUGUCGUCAUCGCUCUCGCAAGAGCAGAAAUAGAACAUGAAUUUGAACACCGUGAUCUUCACGAAAACAAUAUCUGUAUCCUCGAACGCAUACCUCCGUCGGAUGCUCCUAAAGCGAAUCCAAAAUCAAGAUCAAAGACCAAGCCCCAAAAUCCACCAUCUCCCCACAAAUUUGGUAACUCAGGUCUCGAAAUAACAAUCCUCGACUAUGGCUUAUCCCGCGCCACCAUUUAUCCCGUUUCCUCCACGUCAAAUCCUUCUCCAGCCCCCGAAACAGUUUUCUACAACCUUGAAUCCGACACUGCUGUCUUCUCUUCUUUUGAACCGUCCAGCAUUGCCGGAAUUCAAUUCGAUACCUACCGUCGGAUGCGAGCCUAUCUUUUUUCAGGCGGCCUCUCAAAUACUAACGCUAACACACCUUCAAAGGCUAUACGAGAUGCUAUCAAACAAAAGAAACAUUCCUGGGAGGAAUACAUGCCGUAUAGUAAUGUGUUGUGGUUGUACUUCUUGAUGGAGUAUCUGACAGAGGUAGCGCCAAAGGGAGGCAGGGGGAAAAAGGGGAGACAGGCAUGGGUAAAGGAGACGGAGGAGUUGAGGUGGCUUUUAGAUCCAGAUUGGGUACCUGGAAAUGUUGCAAGUGAUGACAAAGAAGAAUGUGGAGAUGAGGGGGAAGAGGAAGAAGAACUAGGACUGGGCUGUGCGGGAGACGUAUUACAAUACGCGUUUGAUAUGGGAUGGGUCUGCGAAGAAGAUUUAGGGGGCGCAGACACAAGUCGUUUAAGUCUACGAGAAGAUUCAUCUCUUGAGUUAGAAAAGAAAAAGAAAUCUCUGUCAUCUCCAAAAUAGUCAAUCAAGGACAUAUUUUGUUUGGACGGAAAUUGUGUUGUUGGCGGCGCUUUGAAUAUCCAGGUAUGGUAUGGCUUUUGACAGGAUGGAAGCAGGUGGGUUGCGGAUAAUCUUUAUGGCGUCGAUGACUCUGGGUAGGCAAGUUCCUUUGGAUUUCAUGGAAUGGAUUAGCAUGAUAGAAUUGUUUGGUAUGGGCUGAAUUUGAUUUUUGCCUUAAUUCAUGUUUAUAUAUUGUCGUAUCAUAUGUCACGGUGUUAUUCAUUAGAUGGAUAGAUGUAUAAAUAUUGGCGCUUUCUUUGUUUUGCA